CUGUUAAUUUUGAAGGCCUACGAACAAAAUCACAUCAAUUUAUACAAGGGCAUUGUUUGGAUGGCUACUCCAGGAAAGGAAUUGGUAGUCAAAGGAGAACUCGGAAAAUUUCUACAGAGUCAUGCACUGGAGGAUGGCAUUGGAGAUAUAGAUGAGAUAGUUUUGAAUUAUGUCAUCAGUAUUCUGGAGGAUCUGGGAGACGACAGCAAUGCAGAGGAGAAUAUUGACGUGGACCAGUUUAUUGAGAUGAUGGAGGCGUACAUUCCAGGAUUUGGCACUAUUGAUAGUGUUAAAGUUUGUGAGUGGAUGUUUGAACUUUCUAACACUAUUACAAGUGACGAUCAAGAUGUAAAUGAAAAUGCUGUGGCAUUCAGUUGUAAGGGAGAUAAUCCAAGCAAUCAAAUAUCAAAGGAAGAAACCACACCAAAUGAAGUGAAUGGGAAUAUUGUGGAUGAAGAACCAGACGAAGAUGUUAAGAUGCUCCUGGAGAUGUUCCCUAACUCCUGUACACUGGAGAUAACCCAUUGUUUGGGGGUUGCUAAGGGAGAUCUAGAGUCUGCUGCUCAGCUGGUUCUGGAGAGAGAAGAGACGGGAACCAGUAUCAUGGAACCAAAGGAAAAAACUAAAUCUACCACUAGGAAUGGAUUGAUGCUGUUAGAUGACAAAAAGCUGAAAAAGCAGAUGAUAGAGAGGUAUGGGUAUCAGGAUGCUGAUGAAGACAAGAGAACUUUUAAACCCCCACCCCCUAAACAGGAACCCAAGAAGAUGGUACGUUACCUAGACGGCCGUGUUGUGAGCACUAAGGGAGAGAGAUUUACUGAGAUUAAAAAGGACGAGACAGAGGAAAUGAAAAAGACAUUUAUAAAUCUUAAACCUGCAAGGAAGUACCGAUUUCAUUGACAGACUCUGUUUACAUUAGUGGUCAGGAAUCUCCAAAUGUAGUCCAUAAUCAGGUUGUCAUUUUUAAUCAUAAGUUGUCAUGUUCUCUUUUUGUGUUAUAAUGUAAUCCUUGAUUAUACAUUCCCCUGAAACACACUGGCUGUGUUAAUUUAAGAAUUAUUUUUCAUUUAUCAUAAAUUAAGAGUAAUGUUAAAGUAGUUUCAAUUUUAUGAUAAGCUAAAUAAUACAAAGUCAGUUCACAUAUAAUUAUUUUUUGUAACACAGAUGUUCCACACUAUCAUAAAACUUCAACCAAUUCUUGCCAUUAUACUUUUUUUACAUUCUAAGAGGAACAAGCAUGAACAAUCUGAACAAGCUCCUUGAUAAUUGUGUAUUUUUAUCAUAUUUAUAGCAUAGUUUGUUUAUUUCAAAUAUGUUACACUUUUAACUUAACAUAUAAAUAAGGGUGAAAAUGGAUGAACAACAGCAUUGAUAAUAACAAAUAAUAACCAAAGUACUAUUUAGCUCCAUAUUCUCAUUUGCCAACAAACUUCUUUGGGCAUUCAUCCAUCUGAAAUAUACAUUUAAAAUUGAUUACCGGUAAUCUUAUUUUAAAAAGGCUGAAUUCAUCUUUAAGAAAUAUUCUGCCUUCAGUUUAAUCUGAAUUUUCUGUACCUUAAAAUUCUUCAAGA